AUGCGUAACCUGGUGGUAUUGGCCCUUUUGGCCACGCUGACCAGCGGGCUGCUGAACACGGAUAUUCUGAACCUCAGUGAUGAAGUCAUCAGCUUUAUUGCCGACUAUUCGCGGCAAAUGCCGGAAGUCGCCGCAAAGGCCGAAAAGGGGAGCAAUGACGCGAUUGUUGUGACGAAUUGCAUCGAUACUACCUGGAAUAGUUGUCAGUACGCUUUCAACCAACGGCUCGGAAUCGACACAAGCCUCACCUGGCGUCAGGCCGAUCAGAUCGCUGUGGGAAUUAACGCUGUCCUCUCCACCAAUAUCUCGUCCGUCUUCACCGUCUGCAACGACAACAUGGCUUUCUACCAAUGCCUCGGCACCUCCUACUAUUCUUGCAUGGAUCUCUACCGUAUCAUUCGGACAAAGGAUGCCGAUUUUAGGGAGGCUUACACCUACGUCCAGAUCUACCACCAGCUCCAAUUCAUGUGCAACGCUGGAUUUGAGGAAGUGCUAAAGGACUACUACUGCAUGACCAGCCUCAAGACGACGCAGGGAAUUCAGGCAUGCGCCAGCCAGUUCAACUCGACCGUCGUCCAGGACCCCAGCAAGCUGUGCACAGCUGUUGAUCAAGCCGACUCGUGCCUGAAUGCUGCUUACCAAGCUGGGUGCCAGACGGCUGAGUCGGGCUGGUGGGGUUGUGAGGAGUUCCGCGUGGCCUUCACCCAGACCUGCUACGGCCUCCGCUGCAUGGUCAACCACGGA